CGGCCAGUGCUGCUAUAAAAGUGUGCAGAAGAGUUGAGUUCCAUGUUUGUGUUUUCAACAGGUCAAUAUGGAGAGACACUGGUCCGUGGUCUGUGUCCUGGUUGUAGCACUGUGUGCAUACCUGCACUUCGACACAGCUUCUGCAGAUGAAGCCGACGGCUGUUCGACAGCAAAGCCAGGAAGAUGCCCCCGCCGAAAGUGGGGGGCAGGUUUAUGUGCAGAGUUUUGCCAAACAGACAGUGACUGCCCUAAUGAGCAGAAAUGCUGCUCUAAUGGCUGUGGACAUCAGUGCAUGGAACCCAACGCAGUGAAGCACGGACGCUGCCCUAAACCCCAGAGAACCCACAUGUGUGCAGAGUUCUGCGUUCACGACGGUCAGUGUCCAGAAAAACAGAAGUGCUGCAGAACCACCUGUGGAAAAGCCUGCACUGACCCCAAGUGACCAGAGCCGAUCUUCUUUAACUUCAUCUGUGCACACAUUAGAAAAAGUCUUUGGAUCAAGUUUCCUCACAGUUACCUUUAAGCGCAAAUAUACAUCUCUAUAUACUCUCUUUUAAAGUGUAUUUUAAAGGCAUUGAAGGCACUUUAUACUUGCUUGUAUUUAAAUAAAUGGACAUUUUUUCAGCCGUCACAAGUC